UCUCUCUCCCUCACUCACUCCCACACACACAUAUUUUUCUCUCGAAUUAUUGUUCUCUUGCAAUGGAUUAUGAGGAAGUAGCCCGUCGUCAGGAGCAAACUUACCAACCAGACCCAUCCGGAACUCGUCUCAUUCCCGUUGAAGUAGGAGAGGAGCACCACCACGACAAGAAGCCAGUGUUGAAGAAGGUGAAGGACAAGGUGAAGAAGAUUAAGGACACUUUAAACAUAAAGAAGCAUGGCCAUGGUGAUGAGCAUGACCGCGACGACGAUCAUGACACCAGUGAUGAAGAAAAAGAAGAAGGUUACGAAGAGAAUGUACAGGAUCCUGAGGUCAUCCAUGGCGCUCCCAUACUGUAUGACACUCCGGCGGCUCAAGAGUUUAUUGGUGGCGAAGAGAGCAAAGAGGCACCACAGGAGGCCAAUUUGGGAAGCAUAAACCCAACGUUUCAAGAGGACCCUGCUGUUCCAAAGACUGAAACACUCGGCGCGAGCGACCACGACCGUGCAACCCAACCCCCACCAACCAGAGGUGGCGAGGAGAUAGAGACGUCGCCGGUAAUCCAGUCCUUCGAAGCCAUGAACAUCUCCGACCAGCCCCACGUCCAGAAAGAAGAAGAGGUUAAAGAAUCCACUCCUCCGACCGGGACCCACGACCAGUUCUCUCCGGCGGCGGCGCCCACCCCAGAAGAAGACAAGCUCCAAGGCACCGAAGAACCCAAGGGGCCGAGCUACACCGAGAAGCUCUCCACCACCGCAGCCGCGGCCAAGUCCGCCGCCGUGUCCGCGGCGGCGGAGUCCGCCGAGUACGGCAAGAAGAUCGCGUCGACCGUCUACGAGAAGGUGGCGGAGGCCGGGACGGCUGUGAAGGGAAAGGUGCAGCAGAAGCCAAGCGGGACCACGGGGACGGAGGGCGGGGAUCCGACGGCGGCGCAGGACAAAGGCAUGGGGGUGUCGGUGAGGGAGUACCUGGCGGAGAAGCUGAGGCCGGGGGAGGAGGACAAGGCGCUGAGCGAGGUGAUAUCGGGGGUGUUUCACAAGAGGGAGGAGGAGGCGGAGGGGGGACCGGAGGUGACAGGAUCCGGC